AUGAGUGAACCAGGAAAUGCAUUGCCUACUGAAGACCAGGUGGGAGGCCUGCACAGGUCUCACAGCGCAGCGACAGCGACUGGACCGGAGGGUGGCCGCCAGGAUCCCGAUCCCAGUCACAAUCCCACACCCGGGCCUCAGCCACCGACCCCCCGAGCUCCGGCCCCCGAGGCCCCAGCCCCGGAGAGCCGCCCUACCGGCCUGGAGGACUCCAUACACCGAGACCCAGGAGAGCCGCCCCCACCGAGACCCAGGAGCGCCGCCGUGCCGGCCGGGAGGACUCCGUACGCCGAGACCCAGGAGAGCCGCCCUACCGGCCGGGAGGACUCCGUACGCCGAGACUCAGGAGAGCCGCCCUACCGGCCGGUAGGACAACUAUCUGGAAGCUUCCCCAAGCUUCCAUUUCCAACAAGCAGCUUUGGAACCAAGAAAAGAGAAGCUGAAUCAGGAAGUCAAACCCACGAGCACCAUUGCAACAAAGACAUCCAAGAGGCAGGGGCCAACCAAGCGCUAUCUGAACAAGAGCCUCCAUAUGCAGCAAUUCUCACUAAAUGUUGUUCUUGUGAUUGUCUUGCAGCUACUUUGGGGCAACGGAAGAGAUGCCCACCCGCAGAGCAGGCCAACAAUGCCAGGCUGGACUGGCAGCUGCCAAACCAUGGCAAUAUAAUACUGUCCGAAGGGGAACUGCUCCUACAGGCGCUGAAUGGCUUUGUCCUGGUGGUGACUACAGAAGGUGACAUCUUCUAUGCAUCUCCCACCAUUCAGGAAUAUGUGGGAUUCCAUCAGACUGCUGUUAUGCACCAGCCCGUGUAUGAACUGCUUCAUCCUGAAGAUCGCGAUGAGUUUCAGCGCCAGUUGCAUUGGGCACUGGACCCAGUGCCACGCUCCAACAUGGCACAGUCGGAUAGCAGCACAAAUGGUGACGUUGUUACAAGGUAUGAUCCACAGCAACUCCCCCCAGAGAACUCCCCUUUCCUAGAGAGGAAUUUUGUGUGCAAAAUGCGCUCGCUCCUCAACAGCCCCUCUGGCUACAUGGCUCUAAACAUUAAAGGCAAACUGAAGUACCUCUAUGGACAGAACAAGUGGGCAGAAGAUGGGUCUCUCCUACCUCUACAGCUGGCACUCUUUGCCAUUGCCACUCCCCUCCAAGUGCCUUCAAUCCUUGAAAUCAGGACCAGAAGUGCCCUGUUUCAGACAAAACACAAGCUCGACUUUUCACCUGUUGCCUGUGACGCAAAAGCGAAGAGUGUGCUGGGUUACUCGGAGUUGGAGCUGUGUAUGCGAGGGUCUGGAUAUCAAUUUAUUCAUGCUGAUGACAUGCUUUACUGUGCUGACAACCAUGUUCAGUUGAUGAAGACAGGCCAGAGUGGAAUGACUAUCUUCAGGCUCCUGACCAAGCACAACGUGUGGAUCUGGGUGCAAGCAAAUGCCUACCUCAUCUACAAGAAUGGGCAGCCGGAUUUCAUCAUCGCGAAGCAGAGACUCCUAACAGAUAAAGAAGGGAUGGACCACUUCCAGAAACGCACAAUGCCAUUCUCACUUCCCUUCUUGACAGGAGAGGCUGUGCUGUAUGACCACAGUUCGCCAAUUCUUGGCCUCACCAAUUCGUUUCCGUUGGAGAGCAGCGACUGCGUUGUACAGCAGAGCGGAGAUGUGGAUCCCAACUCACUCUUUGGAGCCAUGAUGAGCCAAGACAAGGCAGUGUACAUCAAGUCCCCAGCUAUUGAGCCUAAGUACUCCCUCAGCUGGAUCAGUGGAGGGGUUGGGCUGGGAGGGAGUGCGCCGUGUUCCCAGAAGGAAGAGGAAAGCAUCGAAGAGGCGGAGAGCGACUUUAAGCAGGAUGAUGACCUGUUGUCCCUUUUGGAUGACAUGCUACAAAGCGACAAUGACGAGGUGUUUACCGGCCUCCCAAACGUUAUGGAAAGCUUAGGACCAGAGGACCUGGAGCUCAUGCACUGGGUUCACUCCCAUUAUGCUGAAAAUGAGCCAGAAGAUGAGACAGACCAGCAGUACAUUCAUAAUGGAAGGAAUGGCACCCACCAAAGCGUUGACGACAACCUGCACCAGGACGCAGAAAGAAAGAAGAUCAGUGUGACAAGAAAAGUCUUUGAGACCAUACACCAGGAAUUUUAG